UAUGUAGUUUAAGGGAAUUCCAGCCCGUUACUGACCCACAUCCAAUACAGUUCAUACAAAGUAGUGGUUACCUAAAAUCGGUCCCUUCUUCAAAGUCCCAGGUCCUUGUUUAAGGGGGGUCCCCUGCCUCCUUUCACCUUUGUCCCCCCCCUUCUCAGCCUCUGAAACCAUGAGCCGACGCUACUCCUUCGACUCUGACCCGGGCGAACGCGCCCCCCUCGACAACUCAAACAUCCCAUACUCUCACCAAGCGCAUUCGAGUCAACAGUACAAUUCUCCUUCCCAUUCUACCACAUCACCAACCCGACAACCUCCUUUCUACCAAGACGACCCAUCAUCGUCCUCCGAAUCGUAUCGACAUCCAACACUUCCCUCGCCCACGAGAGCAGCACCGCCAAGUCACCCCGGUGCCCACCCCGACUCAGCAUUUAAUAGGUUACGCCAGAAUAGAAGAUAUAGUGGAGGUGCCGGAAGGUUUGCUACAGCCGCUGGAGUUGGAGCCGAAGGUAUCUAUACUACAGCCGAGGAGUCGUCUUCUUCGGGGCCUAUCCCACCACCCCAUCAAGAGAAUAGUAUAUCUACUUGGGGACGCGAGGCCCCCCAGGCUAACGUCACACCUGGUGCCGACAAUUUCAGUGAGGCUGCUGCCGGUGGUAUGUCAGGUCUCGCCAUGAGUGUUGCUGAGAGGAACGCACGCGAAAGCGGCCUGGAAGCCAUGAGGCAAACUCAAGAUUACCAACACCAGCAAUCCCUAUCCCCAGCGGCCUAUCAACGCCCGCCGCCACCACCACAACAACAACAACAACCCUACGAUGACCCUCAAAGUUACGCCUAUGAUCGUGGCUACGACAUGUCGCCGGGUUAUGGCCCCGGCCCCAGUCCCUACGGCCAGCCUGGCCAUGGAUACAUUUCAUCACCUAACCUGCUCCCCGCUGGAGCAGCAGCCAUGUCGCAUUCCGGACGAGGGACGCCUACCCGAAGUAUGAAUAGCUAUUCCAGUGAUCCAUUUCGGGAUCCCCACAUGGCCUACGGACAAAGGAUGGAUCCUGGACUUGGCCAGUUCAAUCCGAACGAUAUCGAUGAUGACGGCGACGAGGGACUAGAAUAUCGACGCUCUGCUCGCAACAGCAUAUUGAGCCUUGGUGGUUCCAGCGGUCGAGGCGGUAAUGGCGCUGUAGCCGGUGCCGCAGGCGCCGCAGCGGCUGGCGGUGUUAUGGGCGGGUUGAUGAGUAGAAAUCGAAAUAGUGGUAUCAAUUAUGACCCAGUACAGAAUACUAGUUCAGCGGGUCAGCUCGGCGGUCCAAGUGAGUUUCAGACGGGCGCUCAGUCGGAGAAGCCUUCCGAGUGGUUAUCGAGUCAAAAGAGCAGCCGAAAGAAGUGGACAUGGUUCAUACUAAUCGUCGUCGGUCUUCUCAUCGCCGGAGGCAUAGCAGGAGGCGUUGUCGGUGGAAUAUUAGCUAACAAGAACAAAAGUAAAAGUAGUAGUAGCGCCGACGGCGUUCAAUCGGCCGAUUCGGAUACUGCUACGAAUGGAGAUCUAGACAUCAAUUCGGCCGAGAUCAAAGCAUUAAUGAACAAUCCCAACCUACACAAAGUCUUUCCUGGCGUCGACUACACACCCAUCAAUGUUCAAUUUCCGGACUGCCUUAAGAACCCGCCAUCUCAGAACAAUGUCACCCGAGACGUAGCCGUCCUUUCGCAAUUGACCAACACGAUUCGACUCUAUGGCACCGAUUGCAAUCAGACCGAAAUGACGAUUCACGCGCUGAAGCAGUUGAAGCUCGAAGAUGACAUUAAAAUCUGGCUUGGCGUUUGGCAGGACAACAACGACACUACGAACAAACGUCAGCUAAGUAGGAUGUGGAAUAUCUUGGACGAGUAUGGGGCCGACCCAUUCAAGGGAUUGAUCAUUGGCAACGAGAUCCUGUUUCGUAAGCAGAUGACGGCCACGGAGCUUAGUGACCUCCUUGAUUCGGUGAGGUCUAACUUGACUGAUCACAAGUGGAAUCUUCCAGUCGCCACCAGCGAUCUCGGCGAUAAUUGGGAUUCGCAGCUAGCACAAAUUAGCGACUACAUCAUGGGCAACAUUCAUCCCUUUUUCGCCGGUGUUAAUGCCAAGGAUGCUGCCUCUUGGACGUGGUCAUUCUGGCACAACAAGGCGGAAGGGUUCUUCAAGACUGACAAUGAGAAGAAUGUUAUCUCCGAGAUUGGCUGGCCGACGAAGGGUGGUACGGAUUGCGGCGACGAUUCUGUUACCGAUUGUCCCAAUGGAUCGGUAGCCGGAAUCGACGAGUUGAAUACCCUGAUGGAGGGCUGGGUCUGUCAAGCUCUCGCGAAUGGGACCAACUACUUCUGGUUCGAAAUGUUCGAUGAACCUUGGAAGAUUAGCUUCGAUACUCCCGGUAAAGAAUGGGAAGACCAAUGGGGCAUCAUGGAUGUUAAUAGGAACCUGAAGGAUGGCGUCAAGAUUCCCGACUGUGGAGGCAAGACGGUGUAGACAGCUCCAAGGCUUACUCGGUCUUCGAGCUGGGUUCUUGUCCGAGUGCCAUGGAUCGUCGAUUUUAUAAUACGCGACAAUCAGUAUGGGCUACAACAUGGUUGGAUUAAUGCGACACCCUUUUACGGUUUUCUUAAGGACACGAGAACCGAUGAAUGGUCGUAUUUGUAACGUCGACUGUACUAGUAUAGCUGAGAUUUGUGCGAGACACGAUCCCGGAGCAAAGAGGGCUAGUUUUAGUAUGAGGGUGUAUCGUUCUUGUUUACGGUUAUUGGUUUAUCGGUAUGAUUCCCGGCGCUAAGGGGCCAAGCGACUAAAGCAUUAGAACAUGAACGGAAGACAUGGCUAAGUGGUAGAGAUGACACGACGGAAGCACAUUAAUAGCAUUACGGCAUAUUACACCUCUAUUAUUCUCUGGAGUUUUGGGAGGCCCUUGGUUUUGUAUAUAUUAUGAUGGGCGCGUUAAAAGUCCAACGUACAGACUAUUAGAUAGGCCGGGCGAGUCCCUCUUCCUACUUAUAAUAGGCGGAUGGGUACCGCGCCCGGAAUUGGAUUGGAUUGACCUUACUAAUCGUGGACUUGUCCAUUGUAUUACAUACCUGGGUAGGCAGGUAUAUGGUGAAUCCAGAUGUUUAUAUCGUGCCA